AUGAUCUCCAAAACGAAAAAGCGUUCGCGUGCAACAGUAGAGGACAAGCGCGCUGACUGCCCUUUCGAACUUCACGUUGCCUCGUUCCCUGUAGCACGUACCGGGAAGAAUGGAAGGCCCUCGAAGAAUAGGAGUAAGCCUGUGAAUAGGAACGACGAAAAGACCACCAAGGCGAAUUCGUUGUUUCAGCCCCCACUGUUUGCGCCUACUGGCAAAUUUCGCUCUGACGCGACAAUGGGCGUCUACUACCACAUCGAGCCACGACAGGACUGGACUAGCAUGACCCGAUACCAUAGCUUCGUUCUGAACAGUGUGAAAUAUCUAAGUGGUGAAUUUGUCUUUGUGGCCAAUGACAAUUAUCCUCGAAGUUCGCGCCCUAGACGAGCGCCAUGUUAUGCACGCGUCUGCUGGAUGUACUCCCCCGAUGAGCUGCCUGCAGGACGUCGGCCGUACUACGGCAAGAACGAAAUCAUUCUAACCCUAACCCUCGAAUCACCUGGAUAUUAUCAAUGUUUUGAGCAUAGCGUUCGACUGUGGCACAUCACAGCUGUCUGCUAUUGCUCUCAUUUGCACAUGUCGAACACCCGCCCACCCUGA